CUCUAUUCUCCUCUUCAUGGCCAAUAAACCUCAACCAGUAGCAGUAACAACACCUACAGAGAAUCAGACGGACUACGAACAAAAAAACGUACAUGAAGUCUAUGAAGUCAUUGCCAAUCAUUUUAGUGAUACUCGAUAUAAACCAUGGCCUGUCGUCGAGAACUUUUUAAAUAGCCUGAAGCCUGGUAGUUUAGGUGCUGAUGUGGGUUGUGGUAACGGUAAAUACAUGGGCGUCAAUCCUAACUUGAUGAUCUUGGGAUCCGACAGAAGCUCAAACUUGAUCAAGAUUGUAUACGAUCGUGGCCUUGAAGGCUUGGUAGCGGACGGUUUAAAUCUACCUUAUCGAGAUCAUUCAUUUGUAAGUGUUGAUGUCAAGCAAUGACUUAUGUUUCAUGAUUAGGACUUUGCUAUUUCUAUUGCUGUCAUUCACCAUUUUGCUAGCCCUGAGAGAAGACUACAGGCUGUCAAAGAUUUAUUCAAAAUUGUUCGGCCUGGAGGCAAAGUACUUGUGUUUGUUUGGGCUUUAGAACAAACCAAGUUUAGCAAACGUAAUUUUGAACCUGGGCAACAAGAUGUCUUUGUGCCAUGGAAGCUCACACCAAAAAAGGGACAAGCGACAGAACAAGUGUCAGAAGAAAAUGUGUAUCAUCGAUACUACCACUUAUUUAAACAAGGAGAACUAGACGCCUUAUUUGAACAAGUAGAAGGUGUUAUCAUUGAAACUGCAGGUUAUGAUCGAGACAAUCACUAUGU